GGUUCAACCGUUCAAUCUACAAAGACGGCACGACCGCUCAACCAGGUCGACGCGAGAUCGGUGAUCUUGCGGAUUCGGCGCGUGCUGCAAACGCCCGCCCGCGCGCGAUCGAUGGAUGGAUGUGGGCUUCGCUCCGCGAUCGAUCGAUCGAGCUCGCUAUAUCGGCACAGCGCGCGCGGAGGGCAAUUGGGCUUCCCAGGCGCCCCGAUCUCUCGGAGCACCCCGAUAGAUACCACCAUGGGAUCGGCAAGGCGGCAGCCGCUCCUCGUCCCGCCAGGAGGAGGAGGAGGAGGAGGCGCGUCGACUCGGGCGGCCACUAUAAGUACGUACCCAGGGCUCCCACACCCGCCCACGCGCGCGCCAGGAGAACCAGACGAGACGAUCCGCAGGACGGACGCGAGGAGAGCUCCCGCCUCGAUCUUCUCCUUCCGGCGACCCGGGACUCGCGACAUCGUCAGGGACUAUUAUUCUGAGUUUCCUUCGGCGAGAUCAGAGUCGAAGAGAUGGCGAACUAUGACGACUAUGAAAGCAAUCUAAUGGAGGACGAGUACGACGACCUUGAUGAUUUCAUUGUUGGAAGCGAUAAUGAGGGAGAGGAGGAGGAGCUCCCGGAUGCUGAGGAGGAGGAACAAGUACUUGAAGAAGAACAACAAGUAGAAGAAGAGGUUGAGGAAGAACCUCCGGUUGGUGUGCAGGAGAUCCUUUCCAUAAGGGAGCAAUUAAAGGCCAAAUACAGGAAACAACAUCUGUCUGCCGGCGCCGGGACGUCCAGCUGCUCGCCGCCUGUGCAAGAACCAGCCAGGUCCAGAUUUGGCACCUUCUUUGGGCCAUCCACCCCCGCACUUGCUCCACGACUGAUUGAAGCAGGGAGCUCGUCGAUCAUGAGGGAGAUUCAGAACGUACCCUCCAGAAGAGAUGCUGCUCCGUCGUCUUCGAAAUCGCAGCCAAAUGCAAGCGACCAUGAGGAGAAACCAAAGAUUUUAACAAAGGUUAAACGAAAGGUUGACACCCUUAGAGAGAACAGGGACUACUCGAACCUCUUCUCCGACGAUGCUGAUACACCUGCUCCCCCAGUGAAGGAAGAGCCUGAAUCUAAGCCUGUUGUAUCCCCCAAAACUGAGGUCGAGGUCCAUGGUAGACCAAUGCAACCUGCUGGAAAAAACAACCAGGUGCACGCAGGCCAGCCUACCAGAACACCAAAGGACCAUGGAUCCGUUCAGGCCCGUGUACAGAGCAAGGUGUCUUCUCAGGUGAAGAAGCCACUGCCACUACCAAACGGGAGAAAGACGAAUCCUUCAGUCAGCAGCGGAUCCAGACCGUCCAACGUCAUCAAGAAAGCUCCUGGGUUGCAGGCAUCCUCUAAUGGCCAAAACCUGCAGCGUCCGUUGCAGAGCAAGAGGCCACAGGCAUCGCCUGCUGUCCAGAAGAAGCUUCCGUCACAAGCCCAACGGCCGCCUCAGGGUCAGAGGCAGCAGAACCAUGUCCUGCCAUCGUCGCAAGUUCGAAGGGUGAAUACGUCUGUGCAAAGCCAGCAGCAGUCUGCACGCACGGGAUCUGCACUGCCUCAGGACAGACAAAAAAUGAUACAAAAACGGCCGGUUCCAUCCUUAAAACCAAAGCCAUCUCCAGCAAGUGCAGUUUACAAUGCUCACGGCAAGACAAAGGUUGGACUGAAAAGGAAACUCAGUGAAGAGGAGAGAGUUCGUCAGUUGGUCAGAGAGACGAUAAAGUACAAUCCGGCUAAAUACGCUGGCAGAGAUGAGGAUGAUAGAAACAUGGUAGCAGGUUUUGCCAGCAUACAGAUGGAAGAGAGAAGAAGUGCAAAGCUUGGAAGAAAGGAGGAUCAAGAGCAAUUGCUCAUGAUUCAGGAAGAAGAGAGGCGUGAACGGGCAAAGAAGAAGAAAAAGCAACCGGCACAAUCUUAGAAAAUUCUAGGGCCCUAGUAGCCAUAAAUUGUGCACCUCUAUUGCCUAAUUUCAAGGCAUAUAAAGUUAAGGAUUGUAAUAUCUCAUGAGUAUGAGAUGACUCUUACAUUUUGAUGGUUCAUCUUAGUUCAGCAAUAUGCAUAUAUA